UAUCAUAUGUGCUUAUAGAGCGAAUCCGAGAAAAGUGCAAAUUAAUAAGCGAACGAAGCGGCGGCGGCUUUAGCUUUACCUUCCGUUCAGAUCUGACUUCACUAUAGACGUAGUCGUCGGCGGAAGCAGUUCGCAAGUCUCCGGUUUUCCGUUUCAAUCCGGCACGCGCUUACGGAUUUGUUAGUUAGUUUUCGCAACCGUCGGCGAGGCAUGUGAUAUGAGAAAAGCCCCUAUGCUAGUGGAAAACUAACCGAAAAACUAACGAUAAAUUAAUAGAAAAUAUUAAUAGUAAAUUAAAUAAUAUUAAAAUAAUAAUGAGUGACCAGGCCAAAGAGAUCGAGGCUCUGCCGCCCACUUUGCAGGACUUCAAGGCCCCCGAACUUCCGGAUAAUAAACCAGUGCUCUUCUUUCACCCCUACAACUUCCAUGCGCAAAAAGUACUCAUGGUUUUCUACGAAAAGAAAAUCGACUUCUUUCCUUAUGUGGUGGACCUGUGUAAUGGCGAGCAGUAUUCCAAUUGGUUCCUAAACCUAAAUCCCAAGGGCGAUGUGCCAGUUCUUCAGGAUGGAGCCUUCGUUAUUCCCAGCUCAACGCAUAUUAUUAACUAUGUGGAGAGCAAGUUUCGGGGAGGUGCUCAUUGUUCGCUGAAACCCGCGCACAACUCCAAGGAAUUCGAUCAAAUGUUGAUCCUUGAGCAAGCAAUUUCCAGGCUGCCAGUGGGAACCCUCAGUCUGGGUUCCUUCAUUCACGAUGACCUGAAACUGGUGCCCAAGGCUCCUUUCAUAGGACCCGUGCGUCAGUCCUGCCUGAAAAACAACGAAAAGGUUUUGGAGCUGCUGCGGCACUCCGUGGACGAUCGUUCGACCAACAAGGCGGCACUGCAGCACAAACUGGACAUCCAAGUGCGCCGCCAUGAGCUGGCCUCUUCCCGCGAGGAAUUCCAGAAGGUUCUCGAUGCAGUGCGUCACUUUCUGCUCUACGUGGAGCAGGAGCUCUCGGCCCAAGCGCCUCGCAGCGAGUGGCUGACUGGAGAUGAGCUAAGCAUUGCGGAUAUCUCGCUGGGAUUGCUGCUGCAUAGACUGUAUCAGUUGGGAUUCGAGAAUUACUACUGGGCCUUUGGAAAACUGCCUCAGGUGGAGGCCUACUUCCUGCGCUUCCGGCAGCGCGAAUCCUUCCACCGCCUGCAGCCGAGCAACUUUGCCAUCCUGCGCGAGAUGUGGAUGCGGACGCCGGGCAACUACAAACUGGGCGCAGGAGCCGGCUUCCUGGGUAUGGCCAUGUUCGCCGCCUUCGCGCACAAGUGAUUGCUAUCAAUGCUUUGUUAACAAAUCCUUUUACUGUUAAAGUUGGGCACAUAUAAACACACGAACAUAAGAACGCUUAAA